CCAUUCCCUUACUUUUUCUCCGUCUAUCCAACUCUACCAUUGAUUAUUUUUUUCCUUUUUCCUUUUGUUUUGUUUCUGGUUCUGGUUUCCUUUUUCUCUUCACAUUUCUUUCUCCCGUUGAACAAACGGUCCUUUGUCGUUAGAAUUAGAGUUUAUUGCCACUCAACACACCACUAUUUGAUCUGACCUUGGUUAUUUCUGCUUCAUUUUUUUCUCUUUUAAAUUUUCUUGUAUUUUCUUGAAGCUUCUUUCCAACGGAGAAAUAGAUAGAAGAGAGAGGGAGAGCCAGAGAGAGUCGACUGAGAAAGUUUUGCUGUAUGUCAGUAGAUUGUAUUGAGACUUACUGCGGUGGAUUUGGCGAGCUUGCAAACCCUUUACAAUGGCCUCAGCUAAGAAAAAGACGACGCUUCAUUCUUCUUCAUCUUCUUCCCCUUCUUCAUGUUGCGCAUCGCACUCCGUUGUUUCCGCCGCGCCUCCUGCUUCUUCAUCUGCCUCCGCCACCGCCUCCAAUCUGCUGCACGAGUGGACCCUCGGUUCUACGGAUCGCCGCGACGAUAGCAGCGCCACCAAAGCUGCCAUGGCGUCCUUGAUUCGCCCCGUUGAUUCUCUUCCCGAUACUUCCACCAAAGGCAUCCAAAUCUUUACAAGGCCUCAAACCAGUCAUCCUUUGGACCCUUUAUCUGCUGCUGAGAUCUCUGUUGCAGUUGCUACUGUCAGAGCUGCUGGUGCCACUCCUGAGGUAAGAGACAGCAUGCGCUUCGUUGAAGUGGUUCUUUUGGAGCCAGACAAGCAUGUUGUUGCUCUGGCAGAUGCUUAUUUCUUCCCACCUUUCCAACCCUCAUUACUUCCAAGGACCAAAAAUGGCCCAGUGAUACCUACCAAGCUCCCUCUCAGGCGAGCUAGAUUGGUUGUCUAUAACAAGAAGUCCAAUGAAACAAGUAUAUGGAUUGUUGAGUUAUCUGAAGUACAUGCAGUAACUCGAGGAGGGCAUCACAGGGGAAAAGUAAUAUCAUCUCAAAUUGUACCAGAUGUUCAGCCUCCUAUGGAUGCUAUGGAAUAUGCUGAAUGUGAAGCUGUUGUAAAAGACUUUCCUCCAUUCCGAGAAGCAAUGAAGAAGAGGGGUAUUGAGGACAUGGACCUUGUGAUGGUUGAUCCCUGGUGUGUUGGUUAUCAUAGUGAUGCUGAUUCUCCAAGCAGAAGACUUGCUAAACCACUUAUAUUCUGUAGAACUGAAAGUGACUGCCCCAUGGAAAAUGGCUAUGCUCGCCCAGUUGAGGGGAUUUAUGUACUUGUUGAUAUGCAAAAGAUGAAGGUGAUUGAGUUUGAGGACCGUAAAUUUGUUCCUUUACCUCCGGCUGAUCCUUUGAGGAACUAUACUUCUGGAGAAACAAGGGGUGGUGUUGAUCGUAGUGAUGUGAAACCCUUGCAGAUUGUUCAGCCUGAAGGUCCAAGCUUUCGUGUUAAUGGGUGUUUCGUUGAGUGGCAGAAGUGGAAUUUCCGUAUUGGUUUCACCCCAAAGGAGGGUUUGGUUAUAUACUCAGUUGCUUAUGUUGAUGGUAGUCGAGGUCGAAGGCCUGUUGCUCAUAGGUUGAGUUUUGUGGAGAUGGUUGUGCCAUAUGGGGAUCCAAAUGAUCCACAUUACCGAAAGAAUGCUUUUGAUGCUGGGGAAGAUGGCCUUGGUAAAAAUGCACAUUCUCUCAAGAAGGGAUGUGAUUGUCUCGGCUAUAUCAAAUACUUCGAUGCUCACUUUACAAAUUUCACUGGAGGUGUUGAAACGAUUGAAAAUUGUGUCUGUUUGCAUGAAGAGGAUCAUGGGAUUUUAUGGAAGCAUCAAGAUUGGAGAACAGGUUUGGCAGAAGUUCGAAGGUCUAGAAGGCUAACAGUGUCAUUCAUAUGCACUGUUGCUAACUAUGAGUAUGGAUUUUACUGGCACUUUUAUCAGGAUGGAAAGAUUGAAGCUGAAGUUAAGCUUACUGGAAUUCUUAGCUUAGGAGCAUUACAGCCUGGGGAAUCUCGAAAAUAUGGUACAAUGAUUGCCCCGGGUUUAUAUGCACCUGUUCAUCAACACUUCUUUGUUGCUCGUAUGGACAUGGCUAUCGAUUGCAAACCAGGCGAAGCUUUCAAUCAGGUUGUUGAGGUUAAUGCUAAAGUUGAGGAACCUGGGGAAAAUAACAUUCAUAAUAAUGCAUUCUAUGCGGAAGAAACCCUGCUUAAAACAGAACUCCAAGCAAUGCGUGAUUGUAAUCCCUUAACAGCUCGCCACUGGAUUGUGAGGAAUACAAGGACAGUAAACAGGAGUGGUCAACUGACUGGUUACAAACUUGUACCUGGCUCCAACUGUCUACCACUAGCUGGUUCUGAGGCCAAGUUUUUAAGAAGAGCUGCUUUCUUGAAGCAUAACCUUUGGGUUACUCAGUGUGCUCCUAAUGAGAUGUUUCCUGGAGGAGAGUUUCCUAAUCAAAAUCCACGUGCUGGUGAAGGAUUGGCUACAUGGGUCAAGCGGGAUCGAUCUCUGGAGGAAACUGAUAUAGUUCUCUGGUAUGUUUUCGGAAUUACCCAUGUCCCUCGACUGGAAGACUGGCCUGUGAUGCCAGUGGAGCGCAUUGGUUUCAUGCUGAUGCCGCAUGGAUUCUUUAACUGCUCUCCUGCUGUGGAUGUCCCUCCUAAUGCGUGCGAAUUGGAUACGAAAGACAAUGAUAUCAAAGAAAAUGUGGUAGCCAAGUCUAUUCAGAAUGGUCUGAUGUCAAAACUUUGAGCAUAUAUUGGGCCGUGGAGGCAUUGCAUUUGUGUGCAAUAAAAACAUGAUUUCACUAGAACGCUCUCAACGUGGGUAUUGGUAGAGCGACUAAGAAGGUCGCCGUAGGGAGGAUGAUCCUGUUGACACGGGUGAUCCGACGAAUGAGUGUUGAGGGAACUCGGUCUUCUUUCAAGGAUAUGCUCCUGGGAGGUGGUAUUCCCAAGUUGGAGGCUCGCGAAGUGGAUAACUUGAAGUUACAGGAAGGGGAUGUAAUCACGAGAGUCAUAAAUGGUAUACCGUCUAUAUGUUUCUCUGAGAGAAUUCACUUGUUGGUUGAGAAAAGCAUGCGUCUUUCAAUGGUUAUCAAAAUGGGAAGGAAAGUUGAUUCCAACGCCUUA